AACUUUUUAUUGAAAAGUGUUCCGAGUUUGAAAGUUGUUGGUUGGCGAAAUGGAUAAUAGCAGCAAAAGAUUCCGAGAGAAGAGCGCCGGCGAAGAUACCGGAGGCGCACCGUCGCUGAGAGAUGGGUUUCCUCUACCAGACACCAUAGUUGUCAGCGAAAUCUUGGCUAGAUUAGAGCUAGAUACACUUUGCACUGUUGCAUGCGUGUCCCCCACCCUCCGCUCCCUCGUCUCCCAAUCUCUUAUUACUCUUCCCUCUCUCGAUCUCUCUGCAUUUUCACCCAAUGGAGAACUUGUUCGUUGCAUUGCGUCCAGACUGAGAGCGGUUAAGAGUGUGACCAUCGAUUGCCUCAAAGUCGACGAGUGUUCCAUUGACAGCAUUCUCGGGCCGAAUUUACAGGAAUUGAUUUUGCUCAAGUGCCCAUCGCUGUCGUAUCAUGUUCUUCUAUCAACUGGGGAGAAGUGCCCUAAUUUAAGGAAUCUUGUCCUGGAAUUGGCAGGGAAGAAUGCACCUGAAAAUUUUAGGAAAAGCUUUGUCAAAAUGCUGCAGAAUCUUCUCUAUUUGGAGCAUCUGUCCAUAAAAGUCCGCGGAACAGAAAUUGAUGCAUAUAGCUUGACUUCUGUUGAUCUUUUUCUACCCAAAACUUUAAAAUCCCUGAAAAUGCAGCUAGUGAAUGAACAAGAUGCUGCUUUGUUCAUUGAGAAACUUGGAGAUGAUGGAGAGAGUUUAAGAAAAAUUGCAAAUUCUAGUAUGAGUAUUACCUCUUAUCACGGAUUUUGUGGUUUUACAUUGACAUGUCUGUCACUAGUCUUGGAUGUAAUAUCUGAUAGACUUAUGGCCUCAAUUACCAGCUCACUUCGACUUUUGGUUGAGUUAGAUCUUGAAGACCGGCAAUGCUCAGAAGCAAAAGUACAUCAUGACUUGACUAACAGUGGUCUGUUGCUUUUAGGCUCUUGCCAGUACCUUACCCAUCUCUCAAUCGUCAGAAGUAGGGCAAAUUACCCAGCUUCCUUUAAACGAGUAAAUGAUGUGGGAGUAUUAGUUCUUGCGGAGAGUUGCCGGGGCUUAGAAUCUGUAAGACUUGGUGGGUUCAGUAAAGUUACUGAUGCUGGAUUUUCAUCUCUGGUGCACUCAUGCCACAACUUGAAGAAGCUGGAAAUUCGCAACGCACCAUUGUUGUCAGACUUGGCGUUUCAUGACAUGAUUGGUGCUGUGUCCCCUCUGGUCGAGUUGAAAAUGGUGUCAUGUAACCUGAUUACUAGUGAAGCCUUAGCAGAACUAGCUUCAUCUAGUACUUUGGAAUUGCUAGAUACAUAUAAUUGCAGGAGCAUUGCAAACACCUGCCUUGACUAUAUAUCGCGCCUCAGUAAGCUGACCUCCAUUAAUCUCGGAGGUGCUGAUAUUACAGAUAGCGGUCUUAGUGCUCUGAGCAAAGGUGAUCUACCAAUAACUAGUCUAUGCCUUCGAGGGUGUACUAGAGUUACAGACAAAGGAAUUAUCCGGUUGCUAAACGAUGGCAUUAGAAUCAAGGAAAAAUUGUCAUCUCUCGAUAUCAGCAACAUGCCAGGAGUGUCAGAUAGAGCUAUACGUGCGGUUAUUUCAUGCGCCGAUGCCCUUACUGAGCUACGCAUGAGAAGCUGCUUUCAUGUGACGAAUGAAACUUUUCACAUAUUGGCUUCAGGAAGAAACCUCCUCCGGAAACUGGAUAUAAGUCAUUGCAUCGGAUUCUCGGGUGGAUUUGUAGAGUUAAUACAAGAGGGGCAUUCAUUCCGUGGUUUACGGUGGCUUGGUGUUGCUGGUACUUAUUUGGUGAAGAGUGUUGCUUCAAUCUGUAGAUUGCAGCCUUUCCUUACUGUUUGUUUUGAAGGCUGUGAAGUUGGAUGUCACGACGGUUGGCAAUACCACACAUGAUGAGUAACAUUUAUCAUACAAAAAUGAAGAAUGUGUUAUGUGUAUGAUAAGUUAGCAGUUAGCCUUACAUUUUAAAGCCAAACUUUGUCAACCUUACUAAGAUGAUCACUUUGAUCUGCUAGGUACUUAUUAACUUGUGAUGACACUGCAAUUUGUACUAGAUUUUUUGAUGUACUACUAUAUUAUUUAUUCAAUGCUACUGCAUUUGUUGCUGUUCA